AAAACCACUGGAGCGCUCUUGAAAUACACGGAAACAUCCCCGAACACCCUGAAAUGCCACUGAAAUCUCUUAAAACAUCCCUGAAACCCCUCUGAAAACUUCUGGAAUGCCUCAGAAAGCACUGGGAACAAUCCGGGAACCCCUUGUAGAAACUUUGAAACAUCGUGGAAUACUCCUGAAAACCUUUGAAAAUGCUUUGUAACACCCCUGAAGUCAUUUGAAAACCUUUGCAACGACCCUGACAUUUUCAAAAACACCCCUGCAACCUCUUUGAAACAUCUUGCAGGGUGGCCACAGAUUCGGGAAAUUCGGGAAAUGCGGGAAAAAGUCGGGAAUUGCAAUUCAUCGGGAAAAAUGCGGGAAUAAGUCGGGAAUUUUGUUUAUGAUCGGGAUUUUUUAAUUGAUGUGUAAUGCCCUCAGAAUGUAAAUUCAAACCAUCUAGGUUAACAUUUCACUCAUUUAAAAUCAUAUACAAUAUACUAUACUUCUAUCCUUCCCUCCAAAGCCUCACGAAGAAAAUUACGAAAUUAAAACAUUUGAUAAUGAUGACCAUUGGUUUCUGAAUUGUGAGCGAUUUUUAGCCCAAGGCUAGUUGAGUUCAUCUCAGGACCCACGCUUUACUUCCCGAAAUUCUUCCUUAUGAGUGUGUCGAGAGAGGGAUUCGCUCCUAGGUCCUCGGCUUGGUGUUUUAACCAUCACACCAGGUCCGCUCCACAGUGAGUGAUUUCUUGUUUAAUAGAGAUUAUCCGGAUGACAGCUUAACUCUAGUAGGAUGUUGAGGCCAAUAUGGCACAGACAGGCACACUGAACGUGCACUCUGGUUUUCUUUAUAGAGUCUUUCAAAAUAUCUUCUGCAAAAUUUCAAGAAAAACUGCUUAAGGAACUCCUGAUGUUACCGAAAAUAUUAACACCUGCCUUUUUUAGGAAACAAGUGUAAACAUCGUAGAGGUUUUUUACCUAUAUCUUAAGGUGAAACUUCAAGAAAUCCCUUUGAUCUUUUGCAUACAAACUUUAGAAGCACAAAUCUGACGAACGAAGCGACGAACUAAGCCGCACUUGUUAAUCGUGGCUUUGCUCACUUAAAAAAAGAGGCAGCUUUUCCAAAUCGAGCGCAUUUGCUUAUGUCACGUCUCCCCCCUGCGACGAUUCAACUGUGGCAAUUCGAAGCUGUGGCCACCACAGUGGAUGAUCUAUCAGCGAAUGAUAGAUAGCGACUGAUAAAACGUCAACGGCAUGAUCUAGCAAAAUAAGGAUUCAUAGUUGUAAAUUCGCUGUGCCAUGAUGACUAUGCAUGUUGCUCCCGAAGUUGAAAUUUAGUGGAUUUCCAAACGCGAUAUUAUUGAUUUAGAUUAUUUCUCAUUCCAAAAAACCAAUUGGUGAAGGUGUACGAUCUUUAGUUAUUAUAAAAUAGAUAGCGAAGUGAUUGAUAGUGUAGGCAAAUCGGUAAAUUGAAAAUGUUCAUGAAGAUCGAUAACACAAUUCUCAAAUUUCUAUUUAGUCUCUAUUACAGUCCGUUCGCGACUAUUUAGGACUAUAUAUAUCCUCCGAGUCAAAUUCGAUUCGUAAAUCAAAUAGUCCUGCAGAGAAUUAGUAGUCCUACGAGAUAUACGACAUUGCCGAAUGAUCCAAUUGCUCUAUUAACCGGAAUAAUUCAGCCUUACUAAACCACAUCACUCUACGAGUAUUCAUUGAGAGGAUACGAUCCGACCUUUCUGAGAUAGUUCGCCAAAAAAUGUAGGUUUAUGUGAAACAAAUAUCGGAUAUCGUGAACUAAUAAACUUCUGUUUAGCUUUUAGCUUACCACACUGAAAACCACGGUUUGCUCAAAGGAAUUUGGUCUGAAACCCCCCUCACAACAUCCUAAAAGAUUUUUUGAACGUGAGUACUCAGGAUGGAAGGACAUCACGAUCAAGAAUACACAUGCAAAUCCUGCAACCAGGAUUCGUCGAAGAGCCACCUGAUCGCAUGUGAUCAGUGCCGUCAGUGGGAGCAUUUCAGCUGUGCUGGAGUGGAUGAGACCAUGCAGAGUCCAUUUAUUUGCAAGCAGUGCCGUGAGAAGGAUGCAAAUGGUUCGGCCAUCUCUACCCGACUGCGUUCCCAAUCCAAACGGGUGACGUCAGGUAAGGAUUCGGGUAACAAACCAGCUUCGAACGUAGGAAGCAAGAUUUCGUCUAUUGCCUCUACCACUCGUUCGUCGGUCGUAAAGGCGCGUCUGCAACUGAUCGAGGAGGAAGAGAGAAUGAAACAACAGGAACUCGACGACCAAGGAGCACUGAGGAAACUUGAGCAUGAAGAAGCUCAUCGACAGCUGGAGCAGAAGAAGAAGCAGAUGGAAGAGCAAAAAAAACUGAUGGAAGAAGAAUCUCUUCUGCGACAGCGGAAGUUAGAAGCGGACAAGGCGCAGUUAAUGAAACAGCAACUCAUCCGUAGAGAGUCAAUGGAGAAGAAAAAUGAAAUCAUGUUGCAGAUCUCCGAAAGAGGCAGUGUGGUAGAAUCGUCGACUAGCUCACGAGCCAAGGUAUCCGACUGGCUGGCAAAAAACUCACCUCAUGCGAUAAAUGAUGAGAACUUAUCGGAGAAUCGUAAUUAUCGUCAAACCGAAUUUGUUCGAACGGCCCCAAAAGGUGUUUCGUCAAAGACCAUCGAAUUACCACCCAAUAGAGCAACCGUUUCCAAACCACCUGUGUACCAGUUGGGAGUUCAAGCUGCAAGUCAUCAUCUUCAGCCUCCAGUUCUUCCCACUCACUUGACUGCGACAGAUCGUGGUCCUGAACCCACUAACAGGGACAGAUUCGAUGGCGUUCAGUCGACCACAGUCCGUGAACCGUUCCAGCGAUUUGUGGUUUCUUCAAGGCCUUCCCUACCGUACCCUGCUGCGGUGAAUCAGCUGGAGAAUCGGCAAGCUUGCACACCAUACAACCAGCAAGAACCAUCCUGGGACGCUCCUACCCGAUAUAGUGCAGUACCGAGACUACAGACGGCGAUACCGAGGCCGAAUCCCUUUCAUCAGUCUGCUUCGGAACAUCAUCAACCUUUAGGCGUUCCAGAUCAUGAUCCAGCGUUUGUAAAUCCAGUUGGGAGAUGCAAUACGGUGCACAGCGAGAACACUCCAUAUCUGGAUUCGCCGGGGAUACUAACUUCGCAACAAAUUGCGGCUCGUCAAGUCGUUGGUAAGGAUCUACCCCAGUUCGGUGGGAAUCCAGCUGACUGGCCAAUGUUUAUUAGUAGCCUUGAGCAGUCUACGGUUACGUGUGGAUAUUCCAAUGCCGAAAACCUUGUGCGUCUUCAGAGAUGCUUGACCGGACACGCACGAGAAUCAGUUCGUAGUAGACUUCUACUUCCUGCUAACGUACCACACGUCAUCAGUACACUACGCACACUGUACGGUCGCCCGGAGCUGUUGAUUCGGUCGCUACAUGAAAAAAUACGUAGAACUCCUGGACCCAGACACGACCGCCCAGAAUCGAUUCUGGAAUUUGGCUUGGCGGUUCAAAACUUUGUCGAUCAUCUUCAGGCAGCUGAACAGGUAGAGCACCUGUCCAAUCCAAUGCUGAUGCAAGAGUUGGUUGAGAAGCUGCCAGGGCCUAUGAGAAUGGAUUGGGCAACAUUCAAGAACCUUCAACCACGUGCAACUGUUUUGACGUUCGGUGACUUCAUGGCCAGACUAGUAAGUGCGGCUAGUGAAGUAUGCUUCGAGCUUCCGGGAGUGCCAAAAGGAAGAGACGUUGAGACGAAGGAGCGACCAAGAGAGAAGGCAAGAAUUCAAACGCAUUCCACCGAAGAUAAUUCAUCAGCAGUCGUAACGGUUCAGAAACCAGUUAAAGCUUGCCGAAUGUGCGAUCGCGAAGGUCAUCGAGUUUCUGAGUGCAUCGCAUUUAAGCAGCUGAACCUAGAGGAUCGCUGGAAGCGAGUACAAGAGAAGGACCUCUGCAGAACCUGCCUGAAUAAUCAUGGAAAAUGGCCGUGCAGGUCGUGGAAGGGAUGCGGAUUUCAAGGAUGCCGGCUCAGACAUCACACUCUUCUUCAUUCACCAGCUGAACCUGUCACAUCAAGCCAUUCAGUAAAUGUUUCAGCGAACAAACUCUCAGGGUACGAUGGCCAACCGUUAUUCAGAAUUCUACCUGUCGUACUCAACGCGAACGGUAAAAGUGUAACGGUUUUCGCAUUCAUAGAUGAAGGAUCGCAGAUAACGAUGCUAGAAGAGAGGAUUGCCAAGGAACUUGGCAUUUCUGGCCCCAGGAAACCGCUCACCCUACAGUGGACGGGUAAUGUGAGACGUAACGAGAUACGAUCAGAAGAAGUCAGUCUUGAAAUAUCAGGGAAACACAGUGAAACCCGCUACGACCUUCAGAAUGCGCGUACAGUUAGUAGUCUGCUUCUGCCAGUGCAGAAGAUGGACUACAAGAGGAUGACUUCUUGUUUCCCAUAUCUCAAAGGACUCCCGAUAGAUGACUAUGAUUUAGUACAACCGAAGUUACUCAUCGGCCUGGACAAUCUCCGUCUCGGAGUUCCGCUAAAGAUACGCGAGGGAGGAUCAUCCGAUCCUAUUGCCGCCAAAUGUCGCCUUGGAUGGAGUAUAUACGGUCGUGUUUCCUCUAACCCGGUACCACGAGCAAUCGUCAACUUCCAUACUCCUGUACCAUGUAACUCGGACGAGCUUCUAAACGAACAACUGCGUGAUUUCUUCGCGUUGGACUGCAGCGGAAUAUCUAAACCAAACGAGAAGCUUGAGUCGGACGAAGACAAAAGAGCAAGGAAAUUAAUGGAGGACACAACGAGGCGUACUACCACCGGUUUCGAAACGGGUCUUCUCUGGAAAGUCGAUGAUCGGGCAUUCCCGGAGACGUACCCAAUGGCGAUUCGUCGAAUGAAGUCACUGGAGAAGAAAUUGGGGGCUAAUCAGUUGCUCGCGCAGCGCGUUAAUGAGCAGAUCCUUGACUUUGAGAGAAAGGGAUACAUACGCAAACUAAGCGAGACGGAAUCAGCGGCUAUCGAUCCACGGAAGACUUGGUUUCUUCCCCUUGGGGUUGUAAUUAGUCCGAAGAAGCCUGGUAAAAUUCGACUCAUCUGGGAUGCAGCUGCAAAGGUGGAUGGAAUCUCGUUCAACUCAUAUUUGCUGAAAGGUCCCGACCUACUCACUCCUCUACCCCGAGUGCUAUGCGGAUUUCGUUUGUUUCCGGUAGCAGUAUCUGGAGAUAUCAGGGAGAUGUUUCUCCAAAUUCGGCUGAAACCGAGUGAUCAGAAUGCUCAGAUGUUCAUCUACCGGGAUAAUCCCGGCGAUCCAGUUCAAGUCUAUGCGAUUAACGUCACGAUGUUCGGUUCCACCUGCUCCCCGUCAUCAGCACAGUUCGUCAAGAACAUCAACGCCGAACAGUACGCCGUACACUAUCCUCGUGCGGCGGCGGCCAUUAAGGAGCAUCACUACGUGGAUGACUACCUGGACAGCUUCAGAUCUAUCGAUGAAGCUAUACAGGUAGUGAAUGACGUAAAGUUAGUUCAUUCCAAGGGUGGAUUUGAAAUUCGCAACUUUUUGUCUAACGAGACCGAAGUGCUGCGGCGAACUGGGGAGAUCGAACCAGAUUCGUCGAAAGAGCUUGCUCUCGUACGUGGCGAGGCUACCGAGUCAGUACUAGGGAUGAAAUGGAUACCUGCCGAAGACGUGUUUACGUAUACAUUUGCAAUGCGUGAAGAUUUGCGGGUUGUUCUAGAAGAAAACUACAUCCCAACGAAACGUGAAGUCCUGAAGGUGAUCAUGAGUCUUUUCGACCCUCUGGGGUUCGUCGCAUUCUUCUUAGUCCACGGAAAGGUGUUGAUGCAGGAUGUCUGGGCUUCGGGAAUCGGUUGGGACGAAAAAAUAAAUGAACAACACUUCCUCCGUUGGCGCCAGUGGACAGCCAACUUUUCGCAACUGGACACCUUGAAGAUCCCUCGGUGUUAUUUCCGUUCUCCAUUCCCUAAAAAUCUCGACCAACUCGAGAUUCAUAUUCUUGUCGAUGCUAGUGAUUCUGCGUACGCCUGCGUGGCGUACUAUCGACUGGAAACUGAUAAUGGAAUUCAAAUAUCAUUGAUUUGCGCGAAAACCAAGGUGGCUCCUCUGAAAGUACUGUCCAUACCCCGUCUGGAAUUGAAGGCAGCGAUAUUGGGUGUCCGCAUGUUGGAGUCCAUUGAAGGGUAUCACACAUAUUCCAUCAACCGCCGAGUGCUCUGGAGCGAUUCGAGCACGGUGCUAGCGUGGAUCCGGUCAGAACAUCGUCGUUACAACAAAUUUGUUGCUGUCCGCAUAGGGGAGAUCCUCACUACAACUGAUGUAAGAGAAUGGAGAUGGGUUCCAUCUAAGCUUAAUACAGCCGACCUUGCCACUAAAUGGGGAAACACUCCAGAUUUCUCCUCGGAUAGCGCAUGGCUUAGUGGGCCAUCGUUCCUUAACCAGCCGGAAGCAUUAUGGCCUCGACAAACUACAAUCAUCACGACGUGUGAGGAAUUGCGACCGAAUCAUACACAUACAACGAUUUCUCCGCUGCUUGAUGUAUCCAGGUUUAGUAGUUGGAUUCGCUUGCAACGAACAGUGGCAUUCGUUCUACGGUUUAUCGACAACUUACGCCGGAAGCGGAGUGGUUCUGUAUCGCGAGUUGGUAUCCUAUGUCAGGACGAGUUGCGGCAAGCUGAGAUGACACUCUGGAAAGUAGCGCAGGCUGAAGCUUAUUCCGAAGAAAUGUCUAUUCUGUCGGAAACACAGGGGCCUCCCGAUGGACGUCACCGACUUGUCUCAAAGUCUAGUACAAUCUACAAGUGUUGGCCAUUCAUCGACGAACAUGGAGUACUACGACAACGUGGAAGAAUCGGUGCAGCAACCUUUGCACCGACCGAAGCUAAGUACCCCGCAAUUCUCCCCAGACAGCAUCCAAUAACGUUCCUUAUUACAGACUGGUAUCAUCGCCGUUUCCGCCACGCCAACCGGGAGACCGUAACAAAUGAAAUGCGACAACGAUUCGAGAUUGCCAAGCUACGCGCCUUGAUUGAGAAGGUUACGAAAAACUGCAUGUGGUGUCGACUGAAGAAAGCUCUGCCGAGUCCGCCGGCGAUGGCUCCGCUUCCAGCAGCCCGGCUACAGCCAUUCGUCCGUCCAUUUACCUCAGUCGGAGUCGAUUACUUUGGACCAGUACUGGUGAGAGUUGGGAGGAGCUCCGUAAAGAGAUGGGUAGCCUUGUUUACCUGUCUUACGAUUCGCGCAGUGCACUUGGAGGUAGUCCAUAGCAUGUCUACCGAGUCUUGCGUCAUGGCAGUGCGACGCUUCAUAGCACGGCGAGGGUGUCCAGCCGAAUUCUUUUCGGAUAACGGAACAUGUUUCCAAGGUGCAAGUAAGGAGCUGCAAAAAGAAGUGAUGGAAACACGGAACAACGCUCUAGAAAAGACGUUUACGACUGCAAAGACUCGAUGGUGCUUUAUUCCACCAGCCGCUCCCCAUAUGGGAGGCGCAUGGGAGCGCCUCGUGCGGUCCGUAAAGGUGGCUCUAGGAUCUGUAACCGACGUUCCCCGUAAACCAGAUGACGAAGUCUUUGAAACAGUUUUGCUAGAGGCCGAGGCCUUGAUAAAUUCAAGACCUCUCACCUACAUCCCACUAGAAUCUGCGGACCAGGAGGCCAUCACACCAAACCAUUUUCUUCUGGGGUCCUCCAACGGUGAUAAGUUCCUACCAACCGAUCCCAUUGACAGUCCAACGAUCUUGAGGCAUAGCUGGAAACUUGCCCAAGCCAUAACACAAGUGUUCUGGACAAGGUGGAUUAAGGAAUAUCUACCGGUGAUCACACGUAGAACGAAAUGGUUCGGUGAAGUUCGGGACAUAGCUGUAGGUGACUUGGUGUUGGUUGUGGCUGGAACGGCGAAGGACCAGUGGAUUCGAGGUCGAGUGGAAACGGUAACUCCGGGACGCGACGGGAGAGUCCGGCAAGCCCUAGUCCAAACCGCAACAGGAUUUCUUCGACGGCCAGUAGUGAAACUGGCAUUACUCGACGUGCUGGAGAAUAGUGAACCCAAGCAGGAAGCUCUUAAGGAACCAGUACGGAACUAGGGUUCACGGGAGGGGGGAUGUCACGUCUCCCCCCUGCGACGAUUCAACUGUGGCAAUUCGAAGCUGUGGCCACCACAGUGGAUGAUCUAUCAGCGAAUGAUAGAUAGCGACUGAUAAAACGUCAACGGCAUGAUCUAGCAAAAUAAGGAUUCAUAGUUGUAAAUUCGCUGUGCCAUGAUGACUAUGCAUGUUGCUCCCGAAGUUGAAAUUUAGUGGAUUUCCAAACGCGAUAUUAUUGAUUUAGAUUAUUUCUCAUUCCAAAAAACCAAUUGGUGAAGGUGUACGAUCUUUAGUUAUUAUAAAAUAGAUAGCGAAGUGAUUGAUAGUGUAGGCGAAUCGGUAAAUUGAAAAUGUUCAUGAAGAUCGAUAACACAAUUCUCAAAUUUCUAUUUCUAUUACAGUCCGUUCGCGACUAUUUAGGACUAUAUAUAUCCUCCGAGUCAAAUUCGAUUCGUAAAUCAAAUAGUAAGAUUUCGAUAAUUUAUCUAGUUCAAUGUAUACUUACGAUACGGAUUAUGUACCACUAGGUCCUGCAGAGAAUUAGUAGUCCUACGAGAUAUACGACAUUGCCGAAUGAUCCAAUUGCUCUAUUAACCGGAAUAAUUCAGCCUUACUAAACCACAUCACUCUACGAGUAUUCAUUGAGAGGAUACGAUCCGACCUUUCUGAGAUAGUUCGCCAAAAAAUGUAGGUUUAUGUGAAACAAAUAUCGGAUAUCGUGAACUAAUAAACUUCUGUUUAGCUUUUAGCUUACCACACUGAAAACCACGGUUUGCUCAAAGGAAUUUGGUCUGAAACCCCCCUCACAACAGCUUACGAAUUUUAAAGAUUGAUGCUUUUGAAAACGUGAGUGGGGGUCAGAGCCGGCCAUUGUGGCAGCCAUAUUUGGAUUGUCUGAAGUUUCUCCUUAAUGCGAAUCUGAAGAAUUGCUUCAUGUCCUUCUUGAAACUAUUCAUAGAAGCAAUUCUGUAGAAUUUUUGGCGAGGAUUAUUACUCAAAUCUAGAAAGUUGAAAAACAGAAGAACGCCUCAAGUACUGGAAGAAUUUUAAGCCCAUUUCUUAAAUUCUUUCAGUCUUGAAUGGAAGGUUAAUCAAAUUCUCUGAAUGCAACUUAAUUAUGGCUGUACAAGGUUCAUUUCAAACUCAUAAAGCAAUUUGAUAAAAAAUGGAUACUUUUUUGGCUUCAGCGCUAUAAUAUUUUUCAAAAGAUGUAUCCACUACUCAUCAGUUUCCAAUUAUUCACGAGUUUCCAAGAGAGUUCUUAAAAACUGAGAUUAGAAAUUGAGUCAAAGUUUUAUUUUUCAGGGAUUGAGGAUUUCUCUACAAAUUCAACUAAAAAUUGCUUUCUGAAUAAAAAUCCUCAGAUAUUUUUUUUUUGAGGAAAAUUACUCUAAGAAAUUUGUCACAGUUAAUCCCAUGCGAAACUCCUGCUAAAAUCUCCAGUGCAAACUGUUUGAGAAAUGCACAGAGAAGCUAGUUUUACUAGAGAUUUUCCUAGGGUUUGCUAUAUAAAUCUCACUUUUUUUUUCUUUUGUUGUCCCUCGACGUUAACCCGAAGGCCAUUUUCCCUGAAUAAAUCUCCUGGGAGACCUCAACAACCCUCUCUGUAUUGGAAACAUUGAACUAUGUAUAAUUUAAUGGAUUUUGACUGUUUUGACUAUUUUUUUAGUCUGGAGGUUUGCAUAUGAGCUUGGAACUCUUACGGAAUUUCAUUUAUUUAUGAAUUAAUCAAUUAAUUAUGUAUCAACCUAAUUAUUGAAUAGACUUCCAUAUUUUUUACCAGCAGAGUGUAUGAAAAAAGAUCACAUACAUUUAUACGAAACUUUUCACUCAACUUCUUCCAGAAUUUCUCGAAGAAUUUCAUCAUAAAACAAUCCAAUAAUUCAAUUGAAACUACCUAUAGGAAUUGUACCUGAAUUACAUCAUGAAUUCCAUCACUCAGAACUCCCGUGUACGCUAUCCCUAAGCAAUUCACCAGAGAAUACUGCAGUUGUAUAUCCAGAUUGGUAAUUAGAACUUCAGCAUGUAUAUUUUAACCUUUCUAAGAUGUUAGGCUAAGCGCAUCACGGUGAUGAAGAGCACGUUUAGCGAGCCUGUCUGGGUCAUAACAUCUUACUAGGAUUAAGGAGUUCACAAAAAAUCUUUUGGGAAUUCCGAUACAAAUAAAUUCAAAUAUGGAUUUUUAAGCAAACUUGAAGCAUAUGUUACAUGUGGAAUUGUUUUGGUAUGUUUUAACGUCUUCGAAAAAUUACAUAACUGUCCCAGUAUGACAAUGACAUUAUACAUAUUCCAGUAAAUUUUACAGAUCCACUUAAAAGUUUGAAUUCUGGGAUGUUUUGUAAGCUCCAAAAGCAUAUGGAGAAAAGUCGGGAAAAUUUGAAGUCAAUGCGGGAAAAAGUCGGGAAAAAUGCGGGAAUUUCAUUUUUGAUUUUGUGUGGCCA